AUGAGGUGCGUUAUUGUUUGGGGCCAACCUGUCCCGAAAGUUAUUGUAAUGGGAAGCAGUACUGCUUCAGAAACAACCAUAAACACAAGUACUGAAAGCUCAAAUACAAUUGUAACCACAGUAACGGCUACAGAUGGAACUGAUGAGAGUUUAGAUUAUCCAGAACCGAUUGAUUUAUUUUCUUCAGAAAACGUUCUAGAUUCCAAAAUGUCUAAUCCAAUUUUGCAACCUUGCCCACUCUCUCCAAAAACGCCAGCUACGGCAAAGCAACAAACACCUCCUACAGCUAAGAAUCAAACUAUGUUUACUUUUGAGAUCAAUGAACCCAGAUCAUCUACACCGGUAGGAGACAGUACACCCAAAGUAGCUGUUAGUGAAACAAAAUUUAUCGAUGAUCAUUUUAAAGAAACUGAAGUUAAAUCUGGUUUUAAAACGGUUGAUUCCUUAAUGCAGGAACAAAUAGAGGCACUGCGAAUAGAUGCUAGAAGGAGAAACAGCUACAAACAAGCAGCACAAACUCUUGACGAGAUCGAGAUAUUAAGUGAUUCUUGUUUUAACAAAAAUAGUCCAAAAGAACAUAGAAGAAGUUUUAAGAAAAAACUAGACGUCGAGAAGCAAAAAGUUGAGAAAAGUUCGCCGAAGAGAAGAGCUGAAAGAAAUAUAAGCUCGCACAAAAAAACAAGUCGCCGAACUCGUUCUCCCAAUAAAUAUCAUCAUCAAACGUCGGAAAAUUUUAAUUAUAACGACCGCCAAAAAUACCGCACGAGGUCAAGCGUGUCUUCCACAUCUUCCCGUCGAACUCCUCCGCCACCCGAUCUAAGGGUAGACUUCUUCAGUGAAACUUCCGGAGACAGCAGCGUCUUCCAAAGACCGUCAACGUCAUGCCAGAUGAACGGCGCCUCGACGCCGACAUUUCAUACGCUUGCCGUCUACGGGCCGGGCGGCGGCGGCGCGUCUACGGAGAAGCGAGGCAGCGUCUGUUUGAAUAAAUGUCUACGAGAGGUAUAUAUCUUAAAACUAGUAGAAAUCAAAACAAAUUCUAUAGACAAAAUACCGUGUAGAAAUUCUAGCAAAAGUUCUAAAAAAUCAUUGAUUGCCAAAUUUUUUAACAUAUACUAG